GAACUAAAAGCAAGAACCAAUCAUAUUAUGGCGUUUAACUGACGUUUUUAACUGGCUAAUCACAGUUAUUCCCUUCUUUAGAAGAAUGGCUGUGAUUGGCCUUAUAACGUCAUUAAUCGCUCCAAUAUGGAUUAACUACAUCGUAGGAGACCCGCGAAAAACACCACUGUUUACAGUUUACAUUACAUUCCCGCACGUCACGUAUUGUCACGUAUUUAAAAUCCUGGUGAAACGGCAUAAAACGGUUGAUGGUUACGUGAUAAGUAUUGAAAGCAAUUGAAAGUGGUUUGAAAUUACGUUGUGGCGCCCCAUAUUUUGUACAUCCGAUAAUACGUUAAAUUUUAGUCAAACUAAUGGUUUUACGUUCCAAAAAAUGGAUGAAAUGCAAGUAAAAAUUGAAAGAUGGACAAAAUUGAUACAAUCGGAGAAACUGCAAGAUGUGUUGGAGGAUAUUCAAAUGAGCAUCCAUGUGCGACCUAAUAGUAAACUAAAUGACAGUAUAUUUAAGUUACUAAUACAUCUAUGUCGCAUAACAGACAAAUACAACAAACCGAAUUACGAAACUGGAAAAAAUAUUGCUAAGUUAACCAAAUUGCUUUGCUCGUUAUUGAUUGAGGUGCCUAAUAACAGCAACUUUGUCAAAGCCUUAUUUAAAAUUGUUCGUUAUUUAAUUACUUCUAAUCUGCAUGAUAAUGCGGCAGAAAUUUGCUGUUACUUGCAACCUGGCGAUUUAUAUGAUCCUCAAGACGACACCAUGAAUCUUCUGAUAAAAGUAUUAUCCUUAUGGCGUGUCUCACUUAACAAUAUAUAUGUUGCCAUUACAAAUGAAUCUUUAAAUACAGAAAAUUAUAAUAAACUAAAAAGUGUCUUAAAGCACGAAAUGAAAAUGAUACAGAUAGCAUACAAAAGUUAUACAAAGCAUUUAAUAGCAGAAAUUAAUGUACAUUUAGAUAGAUUAGCAGUGAUUGAUAAAGAUAAAAAAUAUUUUGAUGAUUUUUGUAAAUAUGCAUUGGAAUACUUGUCAGAAGUGCAGUUGUACUUAGACCAGACUGAAAAACACACUAUAUAUAGUCAUAUUUUAAGUAUUAUAUGUCAUGUAAUAUGUAGGGCCAUUAAUACAACUGGUAUUGAAUCUGCAGUAAAAACGUUAGAUGAAUUAUCUAGUUGUUUCGAAAAUCUUCUGGUAGAAGACAAUGAAUGCUAUCAAUGCUUUCGACAAUUUCAGAGCUUGUGCAUGACUCUUUUAGUACCAAAGGAGAAUCUUGUCAGUGACAGUGCCAAAAAUAUACAAAAUAUUAUUAGCUGUAACUUGAACAUUGCCCAGAAGUAUGGAUAUGCAGGUCUUAAGUGGAAUGCAAUCAACAUAGGAAAAAUAGUUGAACCCAUGUUUACAUACUGGGAAAAGUGUAUGGAAACUGAUAAACAACACAUGCUUGAGCGUUUGCUUGAUACUGAUGUUUUGGUAGAACUAAUGAAUUUAUUUGUACAUAUAAAUACAGAUGAGUUUUACGUCAAGAAAACAUCGGUCAAGUGUAAUUGGUGCCUAAACAAUUUGUGUACAAUUAAGAGGGAUUUAUACAACGCUAUUGUGAUAAAAUGUAGAUGCAUUAGUGUAAUAUGUAAGUUUCCUAUGAAAACUUUGCCAGAGAAAGUAUGUGCACUUGCGAGAGAAAUUUUGAAGCAAAACGUCAAAUCGAUUAUUCAUGAAAUGAAAGAAUGUAAAUGUAAGCGCUGGUCACAAUCGUGGAAUACUUGUCGUAAUUCAAUUUAUAAUGUAGGCAUACUGUCGGAACAUGUAUAUGAGGAAAGCGUAAGUCUGUAUUCUUUUUUAUGUACCUGCAUCUUUCAACUCGAAGGAAUCGAAUCAAGCUCUAUAUAUCCUGAAAAUUCUAAAAAUCUUGAAAGUAUUAUAUCCCUUGCAUUGCACAGAUUAAGUGUUGUGCAUUACAACAAUAAUAUGUAUAGGAAAGCCAUGACUGUGUGUGCAUUGAAUGCCUUCUUAACUUGUAAUCAGUUGAACACAAAAGCUUUUCAUACAUGGACAAAUAUUAAAAAGAAUGCUCCUGUAGAAAUUGCAGAUCUUACUAUGCUGGAAUGCUUAACAAAAGAUAAAGACAAAAUAAAAAGCGAACUGGGAUUUUCAAUCAAUACUUCUAAAUAUGAUUUUACAGAGUUGUGUAUACGUGAAGCGAGAAAUUUAUUCCAAGAACAGAUCGCAUUUACAAAUAGUGUGACAGCAGUUCUAGAAAAACUUCGACAGCUACAAUCUAGUAAUCAAUAUGCACACACAGUGCAAUUAUUAGGAUAUUAUUUCUUAGGUUUUAAAUAUGACAGUUGUAUUUUGAAAUAUUAUGAGCAAACUAUAUGUGAUUUGAAGCAAAAAAGAAAUUGUAAUAAAUCAAAUUCUAUGGUAGCUGUUUUAUGCUUGGAAGCUAACUUGAGCCUUUUUACAUUUGUGGAGGAAUUGCAUGUAAUGACUAAACAAACUCACAUGGAAAUGGAAAAUACAAAAUUUGCUUUAUGUGCUCCCAAGUUACGAGAACUAGCAGAAACCAAUUCUCCAAAUGUAGUUUCUGCUUAUACUAUGAUAAACGUUAAAAAGGAUACCAAUCUUAUGUUGUGUUUACAAAAAUCAUUGAAAAAGUGGAAACAACUAUUUAAAAACUAUUUUAAAGAAAUUGUGAAGAAUUGGGAACCUAAACUCAUACUUCGUAUGCUGAUAACGGCUGGUGAAUAUGCUCGAUUAUAUCGAUAUGAGGACUGCGAAGCUGAAAUAUGGACAUUGGUAUAUAAGUUAGCAUCAGAAAUGAAUGACCAUACAAUUAUUUAUAUUACAGGUCGUUGUAUAUCAUUAAGACAAAUCAAUUAUGAUUGGAUUAUUACUGCUAAGAAGCAAGCUAUAAAGCAAAGAAAUUCUGAGGAUGAAAAUGUAAUUAGUGCUAUUGCUAUCUUUUGGAUAAGUUUAGCAGAUUUCUAUUUUGAAUGUGGAAAGUAUGAUGAUGCUAAGCAAUUACUUACCGAAGCUAGGAAUCUUUCGGGAAUUUCAUUUCUUGCUAAUAAAUCCGUGUAUCUGUUAAGUUUAGAUGUUAUCAUACGCAAUAGCAAUUUUUAUAAAGAUGAUAUGCAACACGAGGAUUAUGCUUCCUAUCUUGUGGAAAGUUUAUAUGCAGUGAGGAGCUUAAAUCAAGAUCUACUGACGCAAAAAUGGAUCAAUCAAACGACAUAUCUUUUCAGUUACGAUAUACUUUUCACUACGGCAGUUAAUUUAUCUAUAAGAAUAAAUAGUAUAUUGUCUUUUCGUGGUAUUAGUCCAGACUUAGUACGACUUUUAAAGUCGGCACAGAGUUUAAACGCGAUGUUGCGUACUGCUGAAUUAUUGAAAUCGCUGUGUUAUAUUGAUUUAUCGCGUUCAAAAUUGGAUGAUUGCGAGGUGAAGUUGCAAGAUCUCGAACACAUGUUAAACAUUGAGACAUUUCAGUUGUCGAUGGAGUCUAAACUCGUUGAAACAUUCUCAAAUAAUCUAAUGGUGACCCCUACGAAGAUAAUAGAUCCAGUCAGAAAUAUAUCGCAGAAUGGUGCUUCCCCAGUGCUCGGCAAGAAAGUCUUUGACUUGCCGAAAUUCACAUUGCAUACGAAUUGCCAUUGCUACAAGUGCGACAAUGUUUCGUACCAGUAUUUGGUGUUUACUACCACUUAUAUCAGAGCGCAACUAUAUGCCUUGCAGAAUCACACUGCGGCAGCACUAGAUCACUUCCAUGGCGCUUUUGAAAUAAGGCGGAGACUAUUCGAAGAGGAAAAAUCAGUUUUGCCUGAGAACUGGUCUCACGAUGAAAUUGGUGUGAAACGAUUUUCUUGGCAAAUCCGUUUUUACAUCACUGAUUAUAUACAGCUACUGAUCGAUUUCUGUUAUUUUCUAAAAACAAAGGCAAUGUCGAGACAAGAGGAUGCACUCGAUAUUGCCAAUUUAGCAAUGAAUAUAUGUUACAAAUAUAAAGUACACGGACAUCCUGUCUAUAUAAUGGCGAAGGAAUUAAACCUGGACAAUGAAUUCCAACCGAUAUUAGAAUCUUUAGAUUGUUCAAAGUUUACGACUUCACAGCCACAUGACAUUGAUAUAAGUGAUCAUGCAAAAAUUCCGAUUGAUCCAAGCAUUUGUGUCACGCCAGUCGCUCAAAACCAUCGUACUAGGAAACCUCUUUCACUUCAACGUAAGAAGAAUCCAAUAACUUUGAAGAUAAGUAAAGUUAAUAUGGUUUGGAGCGAUGACGAAGAUAAUGAUGGUUCAUCAUCAUCACCAGCAACAGCAGCAGCAGUAGCCACAACAGUCACGCGUUCUAAUAGAAAAACCAAGUCACGCAAAAAUUUGAUAUGAAUAAAUGAAUAAUUAUUGCACUUCGGUAUUACAAUCAAGAAACGGGACUUGGUUUACAAUAAAAUCUCUGAUUUCAAUCA